AAACCAGAUUCGGUUUAAAGGCGUAUGGCGGAGGGAUUUUUGAAUUUAAACACUGGAGCGAGCCCUGAGCUUCUGGGCUGAUGGUCGACCUGUCAUCAAUUUCGGUGAAAUCCAGUCAACAAUUCAAAAGGUUCUUGAACUGAAAUUAAGCCAUUGUAUGAUGGAUGCUGCAAGAAUAAAGACUAUACAGGACCCGAAAAGUCAGAGAAAUUCAGGAGGAAAGAUGGCCAGCAGUGAGGUGCCGAGGCGGGUUCCCAUAUCGCAGAGCUCCCACAUGCCCGCAAAAGCGCAGCCUCAGCGGGUUCUGGGUGCAUCCAAUGGGCCACAGCGCGUACAGCGUCCCAUCGGGCCGCAGAAAUCUGUGCCCUGCGCCCCGAGCAGCAAAGCAGCGCAGGCCGGAGAGCAGAACACCCCAGUGGGUCAAGCUCAGAGUAAGAACGAGCCGAACAGGAAGGAAGCCGCUGCUCCAGAUCCCAGCAGGAAACUGGGCACUUCUGCAAAGGAGAAGGCACCAGAUAAAACUGGGACUGUGGAAUCGACAGAGACUUCAAAGAAACGAUGGAGCUUGGACAACUUUGAUAUCGGGCGUCCCUUGGGCAAAGGCAAGUUUGGUAACGUGUAUCUGGCAAGAGAACGUCAGUCCAUGUUCAUCCUGGCCCUGAAGGUCCUCUUCAAGCAGCAGCUGGAGAAGGCUGGUGUGGAGCAUCAGCUCAGGAGGGAGGUGGAGAUCCAGGCCCACCUUAGGCAUCCAAACAUCCUGCGUCUCUAUGGCUAUUUCCAUGACUCUUCCCGCGUUUACCUCAUCCUGGAGUUUGCACCCAAGGGAGAAUUGUACAGUGAGCUGCAGCGCAGUGGCCGUUUUGAUGAGCAGCGAACUGCCACGUACAUCACAGAGCUAGCAGACGCCCUUCAGUACUGUCAUUCCAAAAAGGUGAUACAUCGGGACAUAAAGCCGGAAAACAUACUCCUCGGUGCCAACGGGGAGAUAAAAAUUGCUGAUUUCGGCUGGUCUGUCCACACUCCUUCCUCCAGGAGGUCAACUUUAUGUGGCACUUUGGAUUAUCUGCCACCUGAAAUGAUCGAAGGCAGGACUCAUGAUGAGAAGGUGGACCUGUGGAGUUUAGGAGUUCUCUGCUACGAGUUUCUUGUUGGGAAGCCGGCCUUUGAGACAAAAAGCCACGAGGAGACCUAUCGCAAAAUAUCAAGGGUGGAGUUUAAUUACCCUGCACAUGUGAGUUCGGGAGCUCAAGACCUGAUCAGCAAACUGCUGAAACACAAUCCUUUGCACAGGCUCCCUAUCCAUGGGGUGCUGGCCCACCCAUGGGUGGUGGAAAACUCUACGAAGAAGCCCACCUACACGCCCCCAAGUCCACAGCCUGCCCCGACAUGCUGAUCACAGCCGUUAAGGAGCUUUGCUGAUCUUGCGGUUUGUGGAGAUGCAAACCGUACGAUGCUUAAACUCUCUCGUCAAAGCUGAAACUGGUCGUGAGUCUGACCGAUGGCAUUGAUCGGCUGUGACUGGGAUUUGGCUCAAACUGUUCCCAUGGCAAUUGCUUGAAAAACUUGUAAAGUAUUGGUGUCUGUGUUCUUCUGUUGAACUGUACUUUCUUUAGACUUGCUGUUUUUCACUUGUCUGAUUUCGUAAAUGUAAAAAGGACUUUGUUCAUCAGAUUCACUGCAAUAGUUUUGGGGGCUUGCACAGAGUCUCUGAACCGUGUUGGACUUUGAGGGUAGGUAGCUCCAUUUCGCUGCAUACCAGGGUUUGCAGUUGAUACAAGUUGCAUUUUUAAUGUGUACAUUAACGUUAUAAAUACUUUAUAAAUAAAUGUAACUUUCUAAAUCA